GACAGAAUGUUUAAAACUAUUUUGUACACUCCUUCGAUGAAGGUAUAUUACCUGGGUAUGCGAGAUUUGGCCCCAGCUAGCCUGGAAGCGACCCAUAUCGGGUGACGCUAUUCUGUUUAACAAAACAUUUUCUAAACCUAAGGGAAUGAUGACUUAAGUGAAUAUAUGCUACAAAUUCGCGUUAAAGCGAAUUUGGCUUUCUGACGGGUUCGCAAUCUCUUUGGUGUCAUAACGUUAUGAACAUUGGCCAAUAUAACCAUAGGCCAUUCUCUAUCCGCAAAUCGAGAACAUAAGAUUAUGGUUCAAAUUUUGCUAUCGAAAGAGUUUGAAAUUUCUAUUUCCGAAUUCGGGACGUCCACGUAAAGGCGAAUCUUCAACUCACUUUUAUUUUCGCUAUAAAUAUUCAACGUUCGCUACAAGUAUUUAUUUACGACCACUAACAUAUAAGGAAUCUAUAAAUUUUAGUAUAAUUGAAAUCGAGAUCAAAUGGAAAAUUGUUCUUGCUUUCGUAACACGUAAAAAUAUCCGCUGGGGAACUUAUUAUGUAUAUGUUCGCGAGGGGUAUAUUGUAAAUUGAUGAAACAAUGUCCCGUGCUACUCAGUUCAUUUGUGAUCAGACACUUUGCCAGAUAUAAAAAAGAAGCUAUACCUUAAUACAUAUAUCCUCAACGCAUAUCCGUAAGCUAGGAUUAAAUUUCUUUGUUAGACCUUUGCAAGUACGUUUAUAGGUGCGUAGUGGCCAUGAAUAAUUCAUUCAAAGACGAGUUACAUUUUCUUGAAUUGAUCAUUUUACGCGCAAUUGAUUGCAUUUUAUUAGAUUUUAUUUGCACAUCCAAAGCAAUGGAUAGCCAUGAAUUUCGUAAACGUGGAACCGAAAUGGUUGAAUAUAUCUGUCAGUACUUGGAAACCCUCGAUCAGCGACGAGUUAUACCGAGUGUGGAGCCUGGUUAUCUAAGGCAUUUACUGCCCGCGGAAGCUCCUCAGCAACCCGAAAGUUGGGAUACAAUUAUGGCUGAUGUAGACGAUAAGAUAUUGCCAGGCGUAACGCAUUGGCAGCAUCCACGGUUUCAUGCUUACUUUCCGGCAGGCAAUUCAUUUCCUUCUAUACUAGGGGAUAUGCUGGGUGAUGGUAUUGGAUGUAUAGGUUUCUCAUGGGCUGCUAGUCCAGCCUGCACUGAAUUAGAGACAAUCGUGUUGGAUUGGUUGGGUAAAGCUAUAGGGUUACCUGAUCAUUUUUUAGCUUUGAAAAAUGGCAGCACUGGUGGUGGAGUUAUCCAGACGUCGGCCUCGGAAUGUAUUUUAGUUACUAUGCUAGCGGCUCGCGCUCAGGCUAUAAAACGUCUUAAAUCUCAGCAUCCUUUUGUGGAGGAGUGUCACUUGUUAUCAAAACUUAUGGCAUACUGUUCUAAAGAGGCUCAUAGUUGUGUGGAAAAAGCAGCUAUGAUAUGCUUUGUGAAGUUGCGUAUAUUGGAACCAGAUGAAAACGCCAGUCUAAGAGGCCAUGCCUUAUACGAGGCCAUGGAAGAGGACGAAUUGCAGGGUUUAGUACCAUUUUUUGUGUCGACUACAUUGGGCACUACUGGCUCAUGUGCUUUCGAUAAUUUACUAGAAAUCGGUCAGGAAUUACAAAAAUUUCCCGGUGUUUGGUUACACGUUGACGCUGCCUAUGCUGGUAAUUCAUUUAUAUGUCCAGAAUUGAAACCUUUGCUUAAGGGUAUAGAAUACGCCGAUUCAUUUAACACCAAUCCCAAUAAAUGGCUGCUCACUAACUUCGAUUGCUCAACAUUAUGGGUGCGUGAUCGAAUACGCUUGACUUCAGCUUUGGUUGUCAAUCCAUUGUAUCUUAAACACGGUUAUUCCGAUGCUGCUAUCGACUAUCGUCAUUGGGGAGUUCCGCUGAGUCGGCGAUUUCGUUCUUUAAAAUUAUGGUUUGUUUUGCGUUCUUACGGAAUUUCUGGUCUUCAAAAGUACAUAAGGCAUCAUAUCGACUUGGCUAAGCGUUUCGAACAGCACGUUAUAAAAGAUAAACGUUUUGAGAUUUGCAAUCAAGUCAAGCUCGGCUUAGUAUGCUUUCGUCUAAAAGGCAAUGACAAGCUGAAUGAAAAGCUACUGAGCGCUAUUAACGAAUCGGGAAAACUUCAUAUGGUACCUGCUUGCGUUGGCGAACGUUACAUAAUACGUUUUUGUGCCGUUGCACAACACGCGACCGAAGAGGAUAUCGAUUACGCUUGGGAUAUUAUUGUAGAUUUUGCUAAUGAAUUAUUGGAGAAGGAGCAGCACGACGAGCUCACUGAAAUUAUCAAUAAAAAGAAAGAAAACACUCUGGCACAAAAGCGUUCGUUCUUUGUACGCAUGGUUAGUGAUCCGAAAAUUUAUAAUCCUGCUAUAAAUAAAGCGGGUACACCGAAAUUAUCACUGGAAACCGCCUCACCUGUUGUUAGCCGCAGUGGUGCCGGCAAUCCGGAAAUACGCACUCAGAGCUCCGUUGAUCAUCAUUCGUGGAUAUCUUGGCCAUUGGCAUUUCUCUUCAAUAGCAAUAACGAGGAUAGCGGGCAGAAGAGUAACGUUUCAUUGCGUUUUCGUCACUUGGACACAAAUGUUAGGUCGUCUUCGUCACGACGCAGUUCAGCAGCUGGUUCCUCACCGUCACCGGAAAAUGAAUCAAAUGUUGUAAGCGCAAUACGAUCACCUAAAAGAUCUCCACGUAAGGGACCCUUAACCAUCAAUAGCAUCAGCAAUCAAUAAAUGCUUUUAUGUUUAUGUGAAGCUCUUACGUCAGAAUUUUUAAAAACUCAAAAAUGAAUUUAACAAAGAUAUUAAAGAAGAAGAUAAAAAUGGAAUUUCAUGUUACAGUUAGUUCUUAUCUGAAAGCUUAAAAAAUUAAUUAAAGUGAAUUAAAUCCAAUUAAAGUAAACUUAUUAACAAUUAUGUGAAAAGUUAUUUAGAAAGUUUAUAAAUUAUAAAAUAAUAAUAUAAAACCAUAAAAUGAUAUUUCAAAGAUUUAGCUCUAAUUUCCUCGAAACAAAAUCCCUGAAGUGCCCAAGCGUUGAGCAAUAAAGUUCAAAUGUGAAGGGUUUGCAUAACAGCAUAACAUUUUGUUUUACUUCUCGGUUGAUGCUAAGUGGAGUUAUUUUUUUUCCUAAUUAUUCGAAUUUCUUUUCAGAUUU